AUGGCGCGGUUAAAGUUACAACCUGUCACCUCAGCCUUCCUCCGGUUUGGGCUUUUUACUUUUGUCUUAUUUUUACAUGGUCUACAAGUAGAUGCUGGCACAGGGACAGAUUCACCAAACGUAGGACAUAACAACACAUGCUCUGGUUCUUCAGAGUGCAAGGAGGGUGUUAUCUUGCCAAUAUGGUAUCCAGAAAACCCAUCCUUGGGGGACAAAAUUGCCAGAGUUAUUGUUUAUUUUGUGGCACUCAUAUAUAUGUUUCUUGGAGUUUCUAUCAUUGCCGACCGUUUCAUGGCUUCCAUAGAGGUCAUUACAUCCCAGGAGAAAGAGAUUACAGUCAGGAAACCCAACGGAGAAGCCAUCACCACCACCAUCCGAAUAUGGAAUGAAACUGUUUCCAAUUUGACCCUCAUGGCUCUUGGUUCCUCUGCCCCAGAGAUCCUUUUGUCAUUGAUAGAGGUAUGUGGUCAUGGAUUCAUUGCCGGUGAGCUGGGCCCUUCUACCAUCGUUGGUAGUGCCGCUUUCAAUAUGUUUAUCAUCAUAGCCAUCUGUGUUUAUGUCAUUCCUGAUGGGGAGACAAGGAAGAUAAAACAUUUGAGAGUUUUCUUUGUCACAGCUGCUUGGAGCAUCUUUGCCUAUAUCUGGCUAUACAUGAUCCUUGCGGUCUUUUCUCCAGGUGUGGUUCAGGUAUGGGAAGGCUUGCUCACUCUGUUUUUCUUCCCUGUUUGUGUCAUCCUGGCUUGGAUUGCAGACAGAAGGAUGUUUCUCUAUAAAUAUAUGCACAAAAAGUACCGUACUGACAAACACAGGGGUAUUAUCAUUGAAACAGAAGGGGAUCACCUCAAAGGGAUUGAAAUGGAUGGUAAGAUGAUGAACUCCCAUUUUUUAGAUGGAAACCUAGUGCCUAUAGAGGGGAAAGAGGUGGAUGAGUCUCGCAAAGAGAUGAUCCGGAUCCUUAAGGACCUGAAACAAAAGCACCCAGAAAAAGACUUAGAUCAGCUGGUAGAAAUGGCCAACUACUAUGCUUUAUCCCAUCAGCAAAAAAGCAGAGCAUUCUAUCGGAUUCAAGCUACCAGGAUGAUGACUGGAGCAGGAAAUAUUCUCAAAAAGCAUGCCGCUGAGCAAGCCAAGAGGAGCACUAGCUUGCAUGAAGUACGGCCAGAGGAGCCAGAAGAAUUCAUCUCCAAAAUUUAUUUUGAUCCUUGCUCCUAUCAGUGUCUUGAGAACUGUGGUGCUGUCCUCCUAACUGUUGUCCGGAAAGGAGGUGAUGUCUCCAAGACCAUAUAUGUGGAUUACAAAACAGAAGAUGGCUCUGCUAAUGCUGGGGCUGACUACGAAUUUACAGAAGGGACAGUUGUUUUGAAGUCUGGGGAGACCCAGAAAGAGUUCUCCAUAGGGAUCAUUGAUGACGAUAUCUUUGAAGAGGAUGAGCACUUUUUUGUGCGUCUUAGCAAUCUACGGGUGAUUGAUGCAGAGGAACCUCCUGAACUCAACAAACUGCCAUAUCCCAAGGCCAUACUGGUCUCACCUUGUGUGGCUACUGUGACUAUCUUAGAUGAUGACCAUGCAGGAAUCUUCACCUUCGAGUGCGGUGUGAUACAUAUCAGUGAGAGCAUUGGGGUGAUGGAGGUGAAAGUUCUUAGAACAUCUGGUGCACGGGGUACAGUCAUAGUCCCCUUUAGAACAGUUGAAGGAACAGCAAAAGGAGGUGGAGAGGAUUUUGAAGACAGUUAUGGAGAGCUGGAAUUCAAGAAUGAUGAAACUGUGAAGACCAUAAGGGUUAAAAUAGUAGAUGAGGAGGAAUACGAAAGGCAGGAGGCUUUCUUCAUUGUCCUUGGUGAACCGAAAUGGAUGGAACGAGGAAUAUCAGGUAUGUCCACUAUACCAGGAAAGUGGCUGUUCGGAGAACCGGUUUUCAGAAUGGUCCACAAACCAGAGCAUCCCAUUCUCCCGGCUCGGGUGGUGACGGCGACAAAUCCCUGGGAUGAUAAAAGAAAGCUGACCAUGGAGGAAGAGGAAGCCAAACGUAUUGCAGAAAUGGGAAAGCCAAUACUGGGUGAACAUCCAAAACUAGAGGUCAUCAUUGAAGAGUCCUAUGAGUUCAAGAGCACAGUGGACAAGCUCAUCAAGAAGACAAACUUGGCGUUGGUUGUAGGAACUCAUUCAUGGAGAGACCAGUUCAUAGAAGCCAUCACUGUCAGUGCAGCAGGCGAGGAGGAGGAGGAGGAGUCUGGGGAAGAGCGCCUGCCCUCCUGCUUUGAUUAUGUCAUGCAUUUCCUGACUGUCUUCUGGAAAGUGCUCUUUGCCUGUGUGCCCCCGACAGAGUAUUGCAAUGGCUGGGCCUGCUUCCUUGUGUCCAUCCUGAUCAUUGGAAUGCUCACUGCCAUCAUUGGAGAUCUGGCCUCCCAUUUUGGCUGCACGAUUGGCCUCAAGGAUUCUGUGACUGCCGUGGUCUUUGUGGCCUUUGGCACUUCAGUCCCAGAUACUUUUGCUAGCAAAGCAGCCGCUGUUCAAGACAUCCAUGCAGAUGCUUCCAUUGGCAACGUCACAGGCAGCAACGCAGUCAACGUCUUCUUGGGCAUUGGACUGGCAUGGUCAGUAGCUGCCAUCUACUGGGCUUCUCAAGGAGAAGAGUUCCAUGUGUCAGCCGGCACGCUUGCCUUCUCUGUGACACUGUUCACCAUUUUUGCUUUUGUCUGCAUCAGCGUGCUAUUGUACCGAAGACGGCCUCAUUUUGGAGGAGAACUAGGAGGCCCUAAAGGGUGCAGACUUGCCACAACUUUGCUUUUUGUGAGUCUGUGGCUAUUGUACAUUUUAUUUGCUACCCUGGAGGCCUAUUGCUACAUCAAGGGGUUCUAA